AGUGCGGCCGGGGAUCUGAGCCGGGCCAGACGUACACCGUUCCGGCCUUUGCGGCCUUGUCCUCUUUAAAACCCCGAGUGCAGUGUGAAGGCCCACAUUAAAAAAAAAAAAGAGUAUGUGAAUAAUAGUCGCCAAUGCCACUCCAUUUCAUCCUACCUCAUUACAUCAAAGCAACGACGUGUGCUCCUUGUAUUACGAGUGAUUAAGGUACUUAUGAACACUUCAAACUGAAAAAGAAAAAUUAAGGGGAAAAGUAAUAGUAAUAAUUUCUACUGUAUUAAUAAUAAAUACUACUACAAUACUCGAGUAAUAAAAUAGGAGGGAGGUGCUUCUGUGGCGUUACAUAAUCUGGGCCACUUAGUUCGACUAGUCAAAAUAUAUUGUACCGACGCGUCGCGAAGAGGAGAGGAGCCUCGUCAGGUGACUGCAGGUCCUCCCGCGCCACAAUGGUCCACAUCGCGCCCUCGUGUGCUGACUGAGUGCUGGUUGAACACACCAACACCCUAUUCGCACACUCCCUUCGUCAAGUCGGCCACCCAGCGCCGCCCAGGGACUCAAAAUGGAUCUACUGUGUUGCGAGAAUGCAACGGUGGACCUAGAUAUGAAGUGCAAAUCUUACUUAGAUCCCGUGUUACUGCGUGACGACCGAGUGCUCCUUAACCUCUUGAACUUGGAAGAAAAAUACAUGCCCAAUUCGAGUUAUUUCUCGUGUGUGCAGACAGACGUGGAGCCUCGCAUGCGGGACACCGUGGCCCAUUGGAUGCUGGAAGUGUGCCAGGAGGAGCAGCAAGAGGAGGAGGUCUUCACGCUCGCCAUGAACAUGAUGGACCGUUUCCUCUCGCUGGUCAAGGUGAAGAGAAACCAGCUCCAGCUCCUCGGCACCGUCUGUCUCUUCCUCUCAUCCAAAAUCAAGGAGUCCCCGCCCUUGGAACCAACCCGCCUCGUCUACUACACCGAUUUCUCCAUCACCAUCGAGGAGAUCAGGAAGUGGGAGCUGCUCGUGCUGUCGCGGCUCAAGUGGGACCUCGCGGCCAUCACGCCUCACGCCUUUCUCGACCAGAUCAUCGCCCGCCUUCACCUCAGCUUCCCGGAGACUCAGAUCCGAGUCAUCAGGGAGACAGCCACCUUCUUCAUCACAGUCUGCGCCACCGACGCGCGGUUCACCUCAAACCCUCCGUCGAUGGUGGCGGCAGCGGCGGUGGCGUCAGCUAUCCAGGGAGUCCUACACAGGCACGAGAUGGAGCAGGAGGCGGCAGCGGUGGCGCCCCUCAGUAUGGACUCCCACGGCGACCAUACCUCCGCCCAGCAGUACAUGCAGGACCUCUACCACCGCCUGCACGACAUCACCCAGAUCGACACGGACUGCCUCAAGGAGUGUCACCGACAGAUCGAGAUCUGGACGCAGAGCAGCGGCCACAGUCCCGCUCACAGUGCGGAGUCCACCACCCCGACCGAUAUGCAGGACGUCAUGUUCUGACGGCAGAAUCCGAGCACCGACCUCCUUCCUCACCCUCGCCAACAGGCUGGGGGACACAGAGCCCUCUCUGAGGUCCCCCGGGGCCAGCCCCAACACUGCCACUUUCUGCAGUCGGUGACUACGGAUCUGUGAAGACCCGUUGGCACCGACACGACCGGCGUGGUUGUUGCCUGCCCCGCCGGUGUGGGGCGUGGGGCCUGCCGCCCCUCCAUUCCAAAGGGACGGCCGCCCCCACCACGCCUACCCAUGUGCACAAGCUAGUCGGGUUGCUAAUUUAUAUCGGAUAUAAACUGACAUAAGCUAUCGCUAUUGCUACUGCUGUUCUGGGCAUGUCUGCCACCCUGAGUGCUCCUCCUCCCCGUUGCCUUCCCUUCCGGAGCUCCGCCGCCUUCUUUUCACAUCCGCCUCGCCCUUCUUAUCUUAAACACCAGCGGCGCCUCUUCACGCUGAUCCUCCCGCCUACGUCGCCCCACAACCGCCCAGUACCGCACCGUAAGGCUGGCGGUGUUUUGUCUCUGUUGGCGCCACUCCUGGCGGUAGACGCUGACAUGUGCCAGGAAAGGUUGGUGAUUACCAUCAGCUGGGCGGAGGGCCGCCGGGUGGGCGUGCCUGGCCCCGACCUGCCCACACGCCCCACCUUCCUGGACGGUCGCCUCUGAACUGCGGCCUUGGAGAAGCCUGCUGAAGCACCGGAGGGACGAAUAUUGGUGUGUCCUUAACUAGGUGAGAGAGGAGCCCUUCCCGCAAUUGGACAAUUGUUUAGGUCUUUGGAAAGCUGUUUCCCACGCAGGGGCAGCGGUGGCCGGCGGGGCAGUAGCCGCGCUCCGCCUCCCGCCUGCAGGCGUGGCUGGCACCAAAACUGUGAUUGAUUUUCUACUAAUACGAACUCCGAAAA